UAUAAAUAGGAGAAGGGGUGGGAGGGACGUCGUGCGGCAGGGACACUGCUCAGACAUACACAGGAUCCAGGGACAGUCACACUGGUGGACAGAGCCGCUCCGUUACAGAGAGUUAAACGGAAGAACUGUUAAAUAACAGAACAAGAUGGCAGACAAAAUUAAGGACGCCAAGAUCAUCUUUGUUGUGGGCGGGCCUGGCUCCGGUAAGGGAACCCAGUGUGAGAAGGUGGUGGCCAAGUAUGGCUACACCCAUCUGUCAUCCGGGGACCUGCUGCGUGCUGAGGUGGCCUCUGGCUCCGAGAGGGGCAAGACCCUCCAGGCCAUCAUGCAGAAAGGAGAGCUUGUACCCCUGGACACAGUCUUGGACAUGAUCAAGGAUGCUAUGAUUGCCAAGGCGGACGUGUCCAAGGGCUUCCUAAUCGACGGCUACCCCCGUGAGGUCAAACAGGGCGAGGAGUUUGAGAAGAAGAUUGGAGCCCCAAGCCUGUUGUUGUAUAUUGAUGCCAAGCCCGAGACCAUGGUCAAGAGGCUGGUGAAGCGUGGUGAAACCAGCGGUCGUGCAGAUGACAACGAGGAGACCAUCAAGAAGCGUCUGGACCUGUACUACAAAGCCACUGAGCCAGUCAUCGCUUUCUACUCCGGCCGCGGCAUUGUCCGAAAGAUUGACUCAGAACUGCCAGUGGAUGAAGUCUUCACACAUGUCGCAAAAGCUAUUGAUGACCUGAAGUAAAAAGAAAAUAUGACUGGAUAUAAA